AUGUCACCUUUCUUGCGAAAUUUUAUUGAUAUCAGAAAGGAUAAGAAGAAGAAGAAGCAUAUCCGAGAACUUCAAACUAUUCAGGAACAUUUGCAGAAAGAAUUGUACUUUUGGGAUACUAAAUUUAUCGAAGAGAAAGAAUUGAUCAAAUCAUUACGGUAUUAUAUCAGUUCUUUGUGGGAUGAAGUGGAAGAUGCAAAAGAUGCGCUUUUCAGUGAAAUUGAUUAUCAAUCAUUUUCAAUGGAAUGUGAAAUGGUUGUGAAAAUGCAAGCUCAGAUCGAAUUUGCAAAGGAAAAGUGUCAACAACUUAUUAAACGGAUAGAAAAUUGUAAAAUGCAACAAUCAGCAAUGAGAAAACAAUUAAAUGAAAUGAAUUUACGUAUUGAAGAAAACAACAAAUAUAAAAUUGAUCUUCUUCAACGAAAAGAAAAAGCGGACAGAAUUGUUUUAUAUCGGAGAAAUCGAAUAGCUCAACAACAAUUAAAUAACAAUGAUAAUACAUCCUCACAACUGAAUAUUGUAAUUAGUCCGACUGAUUCGUUUUUAUAA